CUGCGCCUUCCGGCCAUGGCCGCUCGUAGUCCCGCCUCUUCCGGCGCGCGCCCCACCAUGGCGCAGGGACAGCGCAAGUUCCAAGCCCAAAAGCCGAGUAAGAGUAAGACCGCGGCGGCAGCCUCGGAGCGGAACCGCGGGCCAAGGAAAGGCGGUCGGUUGAUCGCCCCCAAGAAGGCGCGCAUCGUGCAGCAGCAGAAGAUCAAGAAGGACUUAGAGAUCGGGAUCCGGAGGAAGAUUGAGCACGAUGUGGUGAUGAAAGCCAGCUCCAGCCUGCCCAAGAGGCUGGCACUGCUGAAGGCCCCAGUCAAGAAGAAGAAGGCUGCUGCCUCCUCCAAGACUUCUCCCUGAAGGUGUGAUCUCACAGCUAUGCCUCCGGCAAGAGGAGCCAUCCGCCACCAGUGGUGAUGGCACCUAGAACUUGAGGGGGCUCUGGACCCUGGGGAGCUGCAGGCUCAGCUGCCUGGGUGCAAGGAGUGGGGAGUGUCAACAUCCUCUGUCCCCUCCGCGGUCUGUCUCCAUUGGCUUCACCCGGCAAUAAACAUCCCCUGUGUCA